UCCAACAAAGUUUACGGCACUCAUCUACAAGUGCAGAUAAGGUAAACUUUCUUUUGAAUAAUAUUACCCACUUUAUAUAUUUCGGUGUGUGGAGGAAUGCAGGCUCAAUAGCGCAAGGAGUGAAUCUCCUUCCAAAUGCACCUGAACGCGCGUUGUACCUGAUCCGGCAACAAGGGAUGCGAAAGAAGCCGAUUAAAAAAGCAGUCGUACCUGUAGCCCGAGUUCCGACGGCUUCUCCCGUUCGCUGCACCAUUACCUGCGCAGACUUGAAAGUCCAGUUUCACAAGGAAGAACAAGAAAGGGAGAAGGAGAGCUCGUCGGAACAAAUAUGUCACAAGAGACCGACAACAAGCGGCCUGUGGUGGUGGUUCCCAGCGAGACGUCCUUCCAUACGCGCAGGGCCUACACCAGCGAGGAUGAGGCCUGGAAAUCCUACCUGGAGAACCCGCUGACGGCCGCCACCAAGGCCAUGAUGAGCAUCAAUGGGGAUGAGGACAGUGCAGCCGCUCUGGGGCUGCUCUAUGACUACUACAAGGUUCCCAAAGAAAAGAGGCUGCCGAUCGCUAAAGUAGUUGAAAUUCCAGAAGACCAGGAAAAACGGAACGUUUCCUUGGACAGUGACACUCAGGGGGCCACGGGAACCGCGGGGAACCGCGUCCAGGUGCUGAAAUCCGUUCCCGUCAACCUGUCCCUGAGCGCGGAGACGUCCGAGGCCAAGCGAGAGCCGUACGGCGUGGAGGGCGGAGCCGUGGUGACCGUGAAGGCGGAGACGUACGCCCCGCCCUUCAUGGGCCCUGGGAGUCAUUACAAGGUGGAGGGGCAGGAGGUGGUGCGGGCAGCCUACGAGCAGAACCCCUACAGCGCGCCCUCUGUGGAACAUGCCGUAUACAUCAAAGAUGACCAGUGCAGCACCCCAGACAGCAGCUAUGAAGACUCCUUCCCGGAGGACCAUGAGAAAUACCACACAUCUUCAUCUUUGGGGCCCGAAGAAUUUAUCUAUGACCAGCAAGCGCUUGGAACCUUCCAGUACACCCUGGAAGCCACCAAGUCCCUGCGGCAGAAGCAGGGGGAGGGGCCCAUGACCUACCUGAAUAAGGGCCAGUUUUAUGCUGUGACCCUCAGUGAAACUGGAGCCAACAAGUGUCUCCGCCAUCCCAUCAGCAAAGUGAGGAGUGUAAUCAUGGUCGUGUUCAGUGAGGACAAGAACCGGGAUGAGCAGCUCAAGUACUGGAAGUACUGGCAUUCACGGCAGCACACGGCCAAGCAGAGGGUCCUGGACAUUGCCGACUACAAAGAGAGCUUCAACACCAUUGGGAACAUUGAGGAAAUUGCGUACAACGCCGUUUCCUUCACCUGGGACGUCAAUGAGGAGGCGAAGAUCUUCAUCACGGUCAACUGCCUGAGCACGGACUUCUCCUCCCAGAAGGGCGUGAAAGGGCUUCCCCUGAUGAUCCAGAUCGACACCUACAGCUACAACAACCGCAGCAACAGGCCCAUCCACCGGGCUUACUCGCAGAUCAAGGUGUUCUGUGACAAGGGAGCUGAGCGGAAGAUCCGGGAUGAGGAGAGGAAACAGAACCGUAAGAAGACUAAAGGUCAGGCUUGCAGCACUCAGACCAAUAACGGGAAGGAUGCCAACCUGACAGCGUUAUCCCCGUCCAAGAAGGCUGACGUCACUUACUUCAAAUCCAUGUCCAACCUGGAUUCCCAGCCCGUCCUCUUCAUUCCGGAUGUCCAUUUUGGAAACCUUCAAAGAGCAGGGCAGGUCUUUGCCUUCAGCACAGAAGACAUCGAUAGGGAAGGGAGUAUCCUGGUAAAGAGGAUGUUCAGAGGGCCUGAGGACGACUGUGGCCCCCCUCCUGCCAAGCUGUCCAAGGAGGAGACGCAGAAGCGAGUUCUUCUCUACGUGAGGAAGGAGUCCGAUGAGGUGUUCGAUGCACUCAUGCUGAAGACCCCGACUUUGAAGGGACUGAUGGAGGCAAUAUCAGAAAAAUAUGGUCUGCCGAUAGAGAAGAUGGCUAAAAUAUACAAGAAGAGCAAAAAAGGAAUCCUGGUCAACAUGGAUGACAACAUCAUUGAGCACUACUCGAACGAGGACACCUUUAUCCUGGGCAUCGAGGGCUUGGCCGACACCUACAGAGUCACACUGACGGAAAUCUGAGGACGGGUGGCGGACCAUAGCCAGUCGGUUGGCUGCACGUUUCCCAGGAGAGGGCAAUAGCGUCAUGGGACUUAAUGGAGCAGAUUGGCCCUGUUCUGUAAAUACAGCCUGGACCAAGGGUGUCACUGGUGUAUGCUACAGAGUCCCUAUCAUGCAAAGUGGGGUGGGGUGGGGUGGGGGGGGGAGUGAGACAUGUUCUGAUUUAGGCCUGUCACUCUGGAUGUAGAACUGUCCUUAGACUGCUAGGGCUUCUGGGUGAGAGAUCGUUACAACAGUGUGUCACCUUACAGAUCCAGGGAAAGGUUCUAAUAAGUGGAAUGCUAUUUCAAGCGAGGUCUCCCAAAUUUUCGUGUUCCUUCACUAUGUAGUUAGUCUACACUGCCCCCUACAGGCCGACAGAGGUAUGUCACAACGAGGUUUUCUCAUGAGGCUGCUUGUCCGUCUUGCAGAUGAACUCCUUUGCCAUUGUUCACUGUUCAGCAACGGCUCUAGGGCUAAUCUACUAAAGAACCACAGCAUUUAUUAUAGGUGUGUCCUGGCAGUAAUGCUUUGAUAGUAAUGCUUAUGGAGCCAGGUCACCUUGUACUUGUAUAGAUUCGUUAUGAUGCACACAUCCACUUACUUGCGUCCAUCUGAAAACAAGUCUUGUGACGUUUGCAACAGACGCUGGGAGAGCCACCGCGAGGAACUUGAAACUUCGGUCAUCUGCACCAUGAGCUGAAAGUCAUUUUGUUUCUCUCCAUUACAGCACUUAGCUUUGCCAGGCCAAAAAAAAAAAAAAGCAAAAAAAAAUUGCAUUCCUGUGUUUACGCAUCUAUAAUUUGCUACCAUGGUUCUAUUCAAUGUAGCUUUUUUUGUUUUUUUUUUUUUUAUUGUAAAAACAUAUGUGUAGCGACCAAAGUCCUUUAAACCAUUUUAAGGAGAAGGGGAAGUAUUGUAAUGAAUCACUCUGUGGAAUUCAAACUGCGCAUUAAGUUCAGAGCAGGAUUGGGCACGCUCAACCAGAAAGGGCUGCUGGGCCUGUGGGUUUUCGCUGCAGCUCCCUAAUUCGAUUACUAAUUAGAGGACUGAUUGGAUGAACAGUCCUCACACAUGGGUUUGAACAGCUGACCUAAACAGCACCCCAAAAAUCUGCAUACACACCGGCCCUUUGCGGAUAAGAUUGCCCACACCUGGUCUAGAGAAACAAGCACUGUGAAUUAGAUGCAUGUAAAUAUAUUACAACCCAUUUGCCAUAUGAAAAAUUGCUGAAAUCUCUGGAAAGAAAUCCUGUAUGCCUUUGUACAAAAUUUUAUUGUAGGUGUUUUUGAAUAUAUAAUUUUGUACAUAUCUGCUUUUUUUUGAAUAAACGGCAGCGUAAAUGAGGCAGUAAUGCUUUAGGUCGGUCGGCUUUUUACUGGUUGUCAUCAAAGAUGUGAAGCUAAUUUCAAGAUCUUUUAAAGUCUGAAUUUUUUUUACUGUACUUGAUUUUAACUAGCCACUCUCACUGACCUUAUAACUGCUGAAUAGCGAUUCUGCCUCAUUUUUGAUUGCUUUGUAUACACAAGCAAUCAUCUGGGUUCCCUGCUCCAUCUUGCAAUCAUGCUAACGCCAAACCAUUUUUUUUUUUUUUGCUGUUUAACACAGGAUUUAAUCUCUGCCGUUAAAACUGUUAGGGGUAGCUAAUUCUUGAAACGUCUUUCCACAACCAUUGCUCUCCAGCAAACUAACGGGUCAGAAGACUAAACUGUAAACCAGCAGUUUUUAGAAUUACAUUAGCAUUGGAAACAUUUUCACGUCAUACGGCCGCAGCUGUUUUGUUCCCAGGUGUGAAAGACGGCUUGAUCCUGUAAGAGUGUGAAUAGGGAAUGAAGCCACAAAGAUCUGCUGCUCUUUCCCCAGCACUUGCACACAACCACAGAAUUUACUGCCUUCUGAGCUAUGACUGACAAUGACCAUGUGACUGGUGGCCAAGAAGGUUAUUCUCAUACCUGUUCUCCAAGGACCAACAUGGUUCUCAGGGUUUGAUGUCUCAAAAACCUGCCUGGAAUCACGGCUCCUUCGUAGUUCAAUUCUCUCCAAUACUUCAGAUAUUCUGCUAAUUUGAGAGUUGAGAAUGGGUAUCUGAACUGAGCACGGUCACAUGAUCUACAACUGCACUGUUUCCAUUUCAUCAUUGUCCUUCAGUGACCGGUGUGUAUGUUGAGUUUAUGAGAGAAUCCCGCAGCAUUAAAUUCCAGUGGCUAAAUACACACCCUCAAUAGGCUGGAAUAAGACAACACUUCAAAAGCAAUAUGCUCACAGUAUAUGCAAGGUGCAGUGGCUACAAUGUAAAGGAGAAAACAGAUCUGAGACUGACUGCAUUGGUGAACCCAGCCUCUCUCAACUUCAACCAUUAAAGCCAUGCUUUCCUGA